AUGAGUACUAUUACAGGCCCGUGUGGAAGCAGCGGUGGCGACAGGAGCCUCACGGCUGAGUCCGAGGUGGAACUAGACCGUGGGCUAGAGCUCACCAAGCAGUUCGAUGCUGAAGUCGGGUUCGUGGAGAACGAGUCGAAGAGGCAGCACUGGUCCGUGCUGCAGGAGAGCAACUCUGUGGAGCACCUGGGCGUCAUGUGCGACCCCGCUCGGGCUCGCAUCCCGAUCACCCCCGGCGGAGGAUGGUCAGAGCUCGAGGCGGGAAUCCAGAUCCUCAAGACCUUCCCUGGACGUGCUGACGCGCGGGAGCGUAUCGCCCUUGCCUACCUCCGCCCUUUAUGGAUGUGGGCCACGCCUUUCCUGGAGCCUGUUCCUCAACCUCUCGUAGGAGCUCUUUUCCAGGCAAUUCAGAAGACUCGCUGUUCCUGGUGGUGUUCAAGCCGCUGGUGGGCGAGGAGGGCCUACCUCCACCCGCGCUUCUCCCCAGCCCUGCAAACGCUGAAGGUCAUUCGAUCGCCGCUGUUAGUGUCGAGUGUCCAUCUACGUCAUGCCCUUCGAGCUCACUUUGAGUGCCUUGAAGUUGAAUAUGUGGAUCACAAUUCCGAUUGGGGUGUCAAGCUGCGUGUGCACCCUGACGAUGACCAGCGAGUUUAG